AUGGUUGAGAUGAAAUUCAUUUACGCCAGUCUUGUCGGUAUUGUGCUGGCACAAGGUCCUGGUGGUGGUAUGGUCGGCCAGGGCCCCGACACCCCAACAGGUGACGUCGCGACUAUGGUUGGCACCGACACUUCGUCGGCCGCCCCGAUCUUCACCGGAUCUUAUGGCCCGUGGAAUACUGUAGAUUAUUUGGAAGGCACAUGGGUGACCAAGUCGGGAAUGGUCGUUACGGGUCCAGGAUUCUACGACCCACUUGACGAGCUUAUCAUCGAGCCGGCACUGCCUGGCAUGUCCUAUUCCUUCACCAAGGAUGGCUACUGGGAGGAGGCUAUUUAUCAAGUCACCGGCAACGGCACCGACCCUAUGUGUGCCACUGCCGCCAUUCUUUUCCAGCAUGGCACUUACAAGCUGAACACCAACGGCUCGUUGACGCUCGAACCGUUUGGAGUGGACGGCCGCCAGCUGUACAGCGAUCCGUGCAACCUGUCUCAGAACCAGUCUGAUUUUAUUCGCUACGAGCAGGUCGAAAACUACUCCAAGUUCGAGGUCUACAUCGACCUGUAUCAUGGCCGUUAUCGUUUGGACCUCUACAAAUUCGACGGCUCUCCUAUGCCGCCCAUGUUUUUGGCCUACAAGCCUCCUCAGAUGCUGCCUACAAUCACCAUGAACCCCACAAACGGCGGCAACCCAUUGAAUGGACAAAACACCAAAACCGCUGCUUCAAAUGACUCUGCUGCGUCCACACAAUCGGGCUCUUCCGGCAAUACUCGUCGCCGCGUGCGUCGCAGCCUUAUAAACCGCUCGCGCACUACAGCAACAAAGAUCAAGGUGCAGUCCUCCACCUACAACGUCAUUUGGUGGACCGGUGUUGGCAUGAUGGGCGCUGGCGCAAUCGGAUGGAUCAUGUUGCAGUGA